AUGUUACCAACUACUUCCGCUUUGUCAGCUACAAUGCCUGACGACUGUUCCAUUUGUUUAAAUGCUUUAGCACCUGGUUCACCUCUUCUCACAUUGUCAUGUAAUCACAAGUUUCAUUUACAAUGUCUUGCAUUAAAUUUGAAAGCACAACAUCAGCAGUGUCCAUUGUGUCGAGUCAACAUCGACACAAGUGUAAUUCAAAUGUUGACUAGUGCCAAUACUAAUACAGUACCGUUACAGCAGCACAAUUUGAUGCAUCAAUAUGGAGCAGAUCCUCUAGAGAAUAAUCAACACGAUCGAAGUAUUUUAUCAUCUGUUGACGUCGUUGCUUCAGUGGAAGAUCCACUUGAUAAUAUUGCCGUACAAACGUUCUCCACUCGUAUUUCUUCGGCUCGACAAGCUAACAUCUUAUCAAAUGUUACCACUAUUCCUAUGAUUACCGUCUCGACCACAUUGGAAUUUGAUGGUCAAUUAUCUUAUCAGGAAUCGAACAUUUAUGGACUUGUUACUCUCAAAGCGCCAUCGAUUAGUUGGCCGUCAGAAGAGGAUUUAUCAUCAAUAUCUCGUGUUCCAAUAGAUCUUAUUUGCGUCGUUGAUCAAAGCAAAUCAAUGACAGGAAAUAAAAUGACCUUACUGAAACAAACAUUGAUCUAUAUUGUUGAACAAUUAAACGAAAUGGAUAGACUGGCUAUUAUCUCAUUUGACAGAAGAGCUUUUGAUCGUUCUCAUGGACUUAAACGUAUGAAUCAACAAAAUCAGGAAAGAAUAAAGAGAGCAAUUAAUGACGAUAUGCAGGUCGGAAGUGGAACAUUUAUUGGAUGCGGUCUGAAAAUGGGUAUCGACUUAUUCACUAGUCGUCAGACCAGAAAUCCGCUCAGUGCUUUACUCUUACUCACCGAUGGUGAGGACAAUCGAAAGCAUGAUUAUUCUCAAUUAAUGGAAAGAUUACCUGAAGAAAUUCCUUGCCAUACAUUUGGCUAUGGACGCAAACAUGAAACUGCUCUACUUGUACAACUAGCCGAACAGGGUAAUGGAGGUACAUUCACAUAUAUUGUAAGUUAA